AUGUUCACUGGGCCGGGAAUGAGAAGGGAGGACAGGCAUCAUGUUGAUUUGGACAGAUUGGAAGAGAUUUGCCCAAGACCGGUCAAUAAUGACCCGAUUGAAGUGGUGGAUACAUGCCCACAAGCUGAAAAAGUCCCAACUUGUGUCGACGUCACCAACAAAGGCGAAAUCCUCAACAGUUGGACCUGCCGAGACUGCCAUCGCGUCCGAGUCUACUUCAACAAGAACAACUACCCGAGAUUGAGAAACAGCUUCGACAACCGCGACUCGCUCUACGUUAAAUUUUCGGUUCGAGUUCAAUUCGAUAAAUGGGCGCAUCCGGCGAUGAGACCAAUUUAUCUCGGCGGAAACGAAUACCGAAUCCCCUUCUCUCCCUUCAAAGAGUUCACCGACGGCUGGGUCGACUUCACCGCCGAGUUCCGACCUCUUGGAUCGGUCGAGCCAACAAUCGAGCGCGUCCGCACUUGCCCCUGUAGCUACACGCUGAUGAGCGACACCUGCGAAUCGGACAACGAGUGCGACGGAGUUUGUCACGAAGGACUGUGCGCGGAAUGCGCCAACGACCAGGAUUGUCAUAACGGCGGAACUUGCAAAGAUAACAUUUGCCUGCUUUGCGAGAGGAACCGUGAUUGCGCGGAUGGGCUCAUUUGCUCCGAUGACAAUAUUUGCAUCGAGUGCGAAAACAACAAUCAGUGCUCUGAAGGCAGUACUUGUGUUCGCGGCCAGUGCCAAGAAUGCAUCGACGACUACGGCUGCGCCCACAAAGACCAAGUCUGCUACGAUGGAACCUGCGUAGAUUGCCGCUACACUGGAGACUGCGCAGAGCCCUUCACAAAAUGCAGAAAGAAAGACAACACCUGCAUUUCUACUAUUUAA